AUGAAAGGCUGCGCUCAGGGCAGUGCAAGGUCGUGGCUUGAGCUGCUAUCGACUGGGGAUCUGAGACAUGGUCAACUGCUGGUGUAUGAUCAGGGCGUCCUUUUUGAUCUCGAAGGAGUCGAAGCCUGGUUACGAAUAAGCGGGUAUGCAUACGCAUGUGAGAUUCGGGCGACACAGAAAGCAUUCUCGUCGGUCGUGAUCGCUGUUCUGCAGCUAUCUGGACAGGUUGUCCGGAGCCCGCUAAUGCGUGCAGAUGCACAGCUCUUCGAGAUAUAUUUGGGCCAAUCAGAUCCAACAUCCCAGGUAAUUGUGAGUCUCGGGGAUCUGCUCGUUUCGAGCAGUAACCUCCGAACAUCUCGCAUCGGAAAACGUCGAACUGAAAGAAAUGAUCCUAGGAAGGAAAUGAUCCUGGAAAGAGGCCAAUUUGGGAAGAUUAAAGAGGAGGGUUGUAGUAAUGGUAAGAGAUUCUGGAAUUCUAUGGCGCUUAUGCACCCAAGUCUAGGCAUUAUUAAGAAUAGGUAUAUUUUGGUUGCUCCUCCCGCUUCCCGCUUUCCAGAGCCGUUCGUCUGUUCGUUCUCGUUCGUCACAAAGUCCGUUCGUGCCGAAGCAAUAUUAAACAAUGACGACUUCCGUGAAACGAAUAGUGCAAUGGCGAAGGUGAGAACGCGUCGACCCUGUCGACGAGUCAGGCGGCUCUCACCAAGCCGAUCGCAUAACGCAAAAAUUAACGACCGAUGGAGAUGGCAUAUUGCGAGGAUAGUCCUUAACAAAACCGCAAUAAGGGCUCAGGAUCUGGGAGUACCGGGCCUGUCGUCCAUAGGAAAAUCAGACGUUCGAGAAGCUUUCCGCUUCAUGCCAUCCAUUGAGUUGUUAAGCAUAACCCCACAACAUGAGAAAUAUUGGUCGUGCUUUAAAUUGUGGGGGAUGCGAGGAGAAACACCAGAUUUUUCGGCAACGGUUUUCCGUCUUGCCAAGGCACACUUUAGGAAAGAGGUCGCUAGGCUUUUGUGGGAUACCGGCGCCACGAUCUGGAAGAUCACCGUUGCACUAAAUCAAGGCGACGCUGAUGACGCAAAAUUCCUCAUCGGGACCCUGUUCGGAGAUCAAUUCUCUCAGAAAUUUGCUGGCACUUCCCAAUGCAGUCGACCGGAAAAGCCAAGCAGAGAAUGGAGAGUGUACACUGCGGAGAAAUACCUGGGGCAUUAUUGCCAUGUCGACAUGCACGGCAUGCGAAAGGUCACGCUUCCCCAGAGCUUGUUUCCUAGUAAUAAUGCUCCGCGAUACGAAUUGCCUCACCGAUUCGGCCCGGCUACUGGAAAUCGCUUCGAGGUCCGAAAUCAUGGGGGUAUAUGUGCGGUCGAUAAUUAUUUCGCAUGCCGUGCGUCUAUAGAAUUGGCCUUAAGAGAGCGUACUCGAAGACGACAUGCCGCCAACGUUGGUGGCGGUCAGCCACUCUCGCCGUUCGGCGAACAAGAUGCAAGUAUUGUCGUACGAUGGUGCUAUACGAGUAGGGAAGAAGAAUCUUACCCACUACCUACCGUUCUCGACGGCGACAAGGUUCCACCAUGGAAAACGCCUACUAUAAAGCACAAACGGAUAAAUUUGGUCGCUGAAAUCUCUUACUGGUCUGGUAGAGACGUCCAGAGGACUGGAACUUCUGCCAAACUAGCAUCUGAGGUCAGCCGUGCUGAAACUCAUUUGCUCGGGAAGCAGGCAUUGAGGAAUGGAGGUCCGGUAGCUUUUAGAGUAUACCGCCAUCAUCUUACUGGACUGACGAGAAUUAUUGAAGCUGGAGAGCUGCUCCAUAGGAGCAGGGUGAAAAGUUGGAGGGCCUCAAUAACGGAAGCUUUCGAUACGAUCUUCCCUAUUAACAGCAGCAUUUUGUCGUUUGGACAUGCUCACGAUAGCUGGUAUUGGAAGGAGAAAGCGUCGCCGCUUGACGCUUGUGGAUAUCAUUCUCUUCUAAUCUGCGAUAAUCCGAACGUGAACUACAGUUCCCUAGAACUAGGAAUUCCCUUCACGAGAGCAAGAGAUACUGCUUCAGCCGAUGGUUCUUCCAGAGCGUACUACCGACAAACUCACAUGUUGCAAAGAGGAACCAGCUAUCGGAUCGAAUCUCAAUUUCUGCGUAGCGAUAGCCUUCCCUAUGGCGUAGGUCAGCAGGCCGGCAAGCAACUUCAAUAUUUCGUGGUUGCGUCAGGCGGACUAAACGAAGAGGGACGGAAAUUCAUUAAAUGGCAACCUAUUUUUGGACACACUGGCCGCAAUAUCGACAUAGUGAUGCCGGGUCGUCUAAGGCAAAGGGAUCAAUAUCGACAAAAUUUCUUUGCAUCGGCCUUCCUUCCCAGGUUCGUUCACUUCCUUGGUUCUCUUCCUAACACCCGUCUAGAGCUUCUAUUGCUUGGUCUCAACUCUGGCUCCCACCUCUCUCCCCUACCCCUUGUUGAUGCAAUUCUUGAUAUAAGAGCUGGUCUCCUUGAACUCCUAUCACACAGCAUCCUUGUAAUUCAAGAGUGUGACACGUAUAUACUUGUCUCAAGUUACCGUGGGAAGUUCAACAUCGAAUUCGUUUUCAGUCUUCCGUAUAUCAAUCCAACCUACGAACGUUGCUCAGGGCACAUUGAUAGCCCAAAGGUUGUCUCGUGCGACUGGUAUCUUCAUCCGGCGGAUCUCCCAGAGCGCGCGCCGAUUACCAACUAUCUAAUUCCAAGGAAUCCAGGGGAGUUGAUGUGUUCUGUUCGCUUGCUUUUCCGGUUAUCAGCCUUAUGGAGACCUAUGGUUAAGAAGGGAGGUUACUUGACAGGUUGUAGGUCUACCGAACAAUGUUCUUGUUUACCAAACGCUCAAGGCCUGGACGUUGUGAAUUGUACGGAUGAAGACUACUACAACCCCAAAUAUAUUGAAGAAGGUAGUAGCGUACUGGGACUCGAAUCGUUCGAAAGAGCUUGGAAUCUUGGAGCCGAGGGAAGGUCACCGGAGGGGUGUUCUAAAGCACUAUUUGUUCCACGAAGUGAAUGUUGGAUCAGAAGAGGGACCCUUGAUUUGGAAUACGUCAGAAAUUUCUCGUUUGCGGCGAGAAACUACUCAACUGAUAAUCGCGGGGAAGCUGGCCUCGGUUUCGUAGGCUUCACCCGCCAAAUAAGCGUCUGGAGUGAUCCCGUUUCCGAAUAUGUGCUAACGAGCUUUGACGAAGCUGAAGAUGCUUCCGCGUCUCUAUCGUGCUCGUCGGGACACGUUUCGGAAUCCAUGGAUUGCUCUGGUAGACUGCUUCAGGAACUCUCGGAAGCAUCUCCUUCUGCUAACGACAUCGCCAGCGGUGAGGAAACCACGUCGUAUCAAGGCAUAAAGCUGGUUGGGCAAGGCUCGAAAUUUUGUCAAGUAACUCCUGAAUUGUUCUUUCCUUAUGAUGAAUGGGAAUAUAAGACGUAUAAGGCUGCUGUCGCCCUCAAUGCCUCGGAUGCUGAGCUCGUACAAGAUCAUGUCACGUUGAUUUUCCACGAAUCAGAGCCUAAGAUCGACAGGCCAUCCACUCCCCUGGAAAGAUCUAAAUAUCAAACAUACCAGGAAUCCCUAGUCAUCACGCAAGUGGAGAGGGAAUACACUGUAUUUGACUUUGGUAGAUAA